AUGAAGAUGGCAGACAAAGAAGUCAGAUACUUGUUGACCUCCUUCACUGCAGUCUGCCUGGUGAUCAUCCCUGGGAGCAGGGCCUGUCCUCAUCGUUGUGCCUGUUAUGUACCUGCAGAGGUGCACUGUACAUUUCGGUACCUGACCUCCAUUCCAGAUGGCAUCCCAGCCAAUGUGGAACGCAUAAAUUUAGGAUACAACAGCCUAGCUAGACUGGCAGAAAAUGAUUUUUAUGGGCUGAACAAACUGGAGUUACUCCUGCUGCACAGUAACGGUAUUCACACAGUCCCUGACAAGACCUUCUCGGAUUUGCAGUCCUUGCAGGUCUUGAAAAUGAGCUACAACAAAGUCCAAAUAAUUCAGAAGGAUACUUUUUAUGGACUUAGGAGCUUGACCCGGUUGCACAUGGAUCACAACAGAAUUGAGUUUAUCAAUCCUGAGGCAUUUUAUGGACUCACCUUGCUCCGCCUGGUCCAUUUAGAAGGAAAUCGACUCACAAAGCUCCAUCCAGACACAUUUGUCUCCUUAAGCUAUCUCCAGAUAUUUAAAACCUCUUUCAUUAAGUACCUGUACUUGUCUGAUAACUUCCUGACCUCUCUGCCAAAAGAAAUGGUCUCCUACAUGCCAAACCUAGAAAGCCUCUAUUUGCACGGAAACCCAUGGACCUGUGACUGCCAUUUAAAGUGGUUGUCUGACUGGAUUCGGGGAAAGCCAGAUAUAAUAAAAUGCAAAAAAGACAGAAGCCCCUCCGGUCCUCAGCAGUGUCCCCUUUGCAUGAACCCCAGGAUCUCUAAAGGGAGACCCCUCGCUAUGGUACCAGGUGGAGCCUUCCUGUGUACAAAGCCAACCAUUGAUCCAUCACUGAAGCCAAAGAGCCUGACUAUUCAGGAAGACAAUGGAUCUGCCUCCAUUUCACCCCAAGAUUUCAUAAAACCUUUUGGCUCCCUGUCAUUGAACAUGACAGACCUGUCUGGAAACAAGGCCAAUGUGAUCUGUAGUAUCCAAAAGCCAUCCAGGACAUUGCCAAUUGCAUUCACUGAAGAAAAUGACUACAUCAUACUAAAUAUAUCAUUUUCAACAAAUCUGGUGUGCAGUGUAGAUCAGAAUCACAUUCAGGCCGUGUGGCAACUACUAGCUUUGUACAGUGACUCUCCUCUGAUACUAGAAAGGAAGCCACAGCCUACGGGGACUCCACAGCUGUCUUCCAAAUAUAAACAGUUGGCUCUAAUGCCUGAAGACAUUUUUACCAACAUAGAGGCUGAUUUCAGAGCUGAUCCUUUUUGGUUCCAACAAGAAAAAAUUUUCUUGCAGCUGAACAGAAAUGCCACCACACUUAACAUGUUACAGAUCCAGUACUCCAGUGAUGCUCAAAUCACUUUACCAAGGGCCGAGAUGAGAGUGGUGAGACUCCAAUGGACCAUGAUUAUGAUGAUGAACAAUACCAAACUGGAACACACUGUUUUGGCUGGUGGCACUAUUGCCCUGGACUGUCCAGGCCAAGGUGACCCUUCACCCCACUUGGAGUGGCUUCUAGCUGAUGGGAGUAAAGUGAGAGCCCCUUAUGUUAGUGAGGAUGGACGAAUCCUAAUAGACAAAAAUGGAAAGUUGGAACUCCAGAUGGCUGAUAGCUUUGACACGGGCUUGUACCAUUGCAUAAGCACCAACUAUGCAGAUGCAGAUAUUCUCACCUACAGGAUAACUGUGGUAGAGCCCUUUGUAGAAAACAUGCAUGAAAAAGGAGUUCAACAAAUAGUGGCUACUGGUGAGACACUUGAUCUUCCAUGUCAUUCCUCUGGUAUUCCAGAUGCUUCUAUUAGCUGGGUUCUUCCAGAAGAUACCAUAUUCUCUCAGUCAUCAAGAGACAGACAAAUUCUUAAAAAUGGAACCUUAAGAAUAUUACAGGUUACCCCAAAAGACCAAGGUCAUUAUCGCUGUGUAGCAGCCAACCCAUCAGGGGUUGAUUUUUCCAUUUUUCAAGUUUCAGUCCAAAUGAACAGCCAAAGGUCAGUUGAGAAUGACAGGGAAGCAGAUGGAUCUGGACUUGGAGAACCCAAUCCCAUUAUUUCCCCUAAGCAGCCACCACCCUUCAAACUCUCUACAUCAGCUUCAAGAGGGGCAGAGACUGGAAAACAAGUCUCCAGUAUACUUAAGAAAGACAAAUAUAGAGAGUCAAUACAUCGCCGGCGUGGGGAUUCCACACUUCGGCGUUUUAGGGAGCAUAGGAGGCAGUUCCCUCUCUCUUCUCGGAGAAUUGACCCACAACACUGGGCAGCACUUUUAGAGAAAGCAAAAAAGAACUCUGUGCCAAAGAAUCAAGAAAAUGCCACAGCAAAGCCAGUGCCACUGGGCACUCCGACUGUGGUUCUCCCAGCUGAGGAAGAACGUGCUUCUGGCAAAAAUUCUCUAGACAAAGAAUUCGUGGUUCUGAGAACUAAAGCAUCUGGUGUCACAGACAGGUCAUCAGCUGCUGACUCUACACAAGUCUCUUAUGGCUUUGUGACAAGUAUAACUUCUGACAUAGAAGUCUCCUCAACUGUGAAUCCACAAACACUACCAUCUAAGCACCUUCGUGAUUUCAAAUUAUCUAAUGUUACUGACACCACACCUGUGUCAAAGAGUAUAAACCCAACUUCAGAAAGCAAAAUAGAAGAUGUAACUAACCAAAAUCCAAUCAUUACCUUUCCAUCGGUACCUGGAGUAGUUGGAAUUCAGGAUAAUGUUCAGUUAAGGAGAAGAACAUCUUCCCAAAGUACACACCCAGUAACAUGGGGAACCAUGGCUGCUGAUGGCCGUACCAGCAAAGCUGAUACAGUCUUACAGUCAGUAAAUCCAACAGAGGAUUAUGAGCAUCAGAUACCUAUAACAGAAGUCAGCAGAGCCAGGAGUAGUGACACCUUUUCUCACACCACUAAAGGGCCUAGCUUCCCUAAGCACCUUUCAGAUUCACACACAGCUGCCCCUUCUCUUAUUCACAUUCCUAGAAACAGUACAGCUAAUUUCCCCUUGUCCAGGCACUUUGGGAGAGAGGGGAAAAUUUUGAGCAAAGGGCGAGUUAUAAGUCCAUAUAGAACCCCAAUUCUCAGACGGCAUAGAUACAGGAUUGUGAGGCCAGCACUCAAAGGACCUGAUAACAAAAAUACUAGUGAUUUUUCAGCCACAGAGCAACGUAGGAUGUGCCCAACCUGUUCUUCCACAGAGACGAUCACCAUGGCAACUACAACACUAUCCAUUCCAGGUUCAUCCCUCAGUAACCUCCCCAGAGCUAACAUCACUGAGGACAUAGCAGCAGAGUCUACCACUGUGGUCCAGAACCCACCAUUAUUAUUUAAGAACAAACAACAUGUAGCUAUUGAGACAUUACCAAGCACCAUAAAAUAUUUCAGAGCUGAAAGUACCCCAGUGACUCCCAAAGAAGCAAGCACGACUUCUGCUCCAACACAUGUAUCCCUGGACAUAACUCUAGUAGACAAUAGCAGUUACCAGAGUGUGUCUAGUACCAUUCAAGCUGAACGUGAUUCAGUGGUAACAUCACCAGUUUCUGGUAUGCUCAGCAAAUCCUCAAUGCCAACAAAAUCAACAAACACAAAAUUCUCAAGAAGGAAAAUUCCCUGGAACCAAAUCUUUGUAAAUAACCAUAACAAAAAAGGGAUGUCAAAGAAUCUGUAUCAGUUUGGUUUACAGAAGAACACAGCCACAAUGUUUCCCAAAAUAGCUCCCCUUUUAUCCACUGAUCAUGGUUCCCCCUCACAUUCUACAACACUCUCUGCAACUUUGAUGCAUACUCUGUCCACAGCAAUGGGUGCCACUCACCACAAAGCCACUAAAGGGACCAGAAAUCUCUCAGCGGGCAAGGAGCAGCCCUUCAUCAAUUCCUCCCCAGUGCUUUCUAGUGCCACAAGCAAGGAGGCUAGUACAAUAAACUUCCUGUCAGUAGAAACAGCCACACCGGCAAUGCCUACUGCCCCUGCAUCUGUCAUUAUCUCUGAAACCCAAAGAGCAAGUUUCAUAGAAGCAAAAGGCCAAAUAAACGGGCCUCAGAAGAACAGGAAUGACCCAAACACCACCCCACGGCAGAGUUUGAGCUUCAGUAUGUAUCCAGCUCCAACAGCUGAUACUUCCUCAGCUUUCACUCACUCCUUACUACAAGACACUAGCAGAACUGUAAGCACAGUUGCUCUCCACUCAGAAACUAGUCUCCUGGGCAUAAAUGAACUGUCUCAGAAGUAUACUCAAACUUUGGGAAAUACAACAGCUUCAGAAACAACUUUGUUCAGCAAAUCACAGGAGGUAACCACAAUGAAAAGAGCCGUGGCUACACCACCAUCACUUAGUGGUGGGGCUCACCUGAUGCUCAUUCCUUCCUCUCCUCCCUUUCCUAGGGGUGUAGUUACAGACAGUGAGGUCACAUCGACUUUCAAGACGAUGGCCAAUAGAAUGGUCACCAUAUAUGAAUCAUCAAGGCACAGUACAGAUAGGCAGCAAUCUUCAGCAGAGAUGCUCCCAGAUCCCGAGAUCUUAACUGGAGCCACUUACUUUACCUCCUCUGAUCUGUUCCCUCCCACACCUGUGCCAGAAUUAAGAAUAGAUAAACCACAGAAUUCUAAAUGGAAGCCAGAAAACCACUUUCAGCACAAGUCAUACUCAGAAACUAUUGUAAAGGGCAACAGGCCAGCAGGGAGCGUGUGGUCCCCUCUCAGCUUUCCAGAGGCUACCACUCAUGCCUUACAUUGGAAUGGACAAAAGCAUGCAGAGAGUGUCUUGGAUAAGAAACCUGUUCAAAACCCAACUUCCAAACUCCUUCCCUCUGACUCUUUACGUAAAACUAUAUUGGAAAAACCAAGAAUAAUUGGAGGAAAGGCUGCAAGUUUUACUGUUCCAACCAACUCAGAUGCCUUCCUUCCUUGUGAGGCUGUUGGAAACCCCCUGCCCACCAUUCACUGGACCAGGGCCUCAUCAGGACUUGAACUAUCCCAAGGGACACAGAAAAGCAGAUUCCACGUGCUUCCCAACGGCACCUUGUCCAUCCAGAGGGUCAGUGUGCAGGACCGUGGACAGUACCUGUGCUCUGCAUCUAAUCCACUGGGCAAGGACCACCUUCGUGUCACCUUGUCUGUGGUUUCUUACCCUGCUAGGAUUCUGGAUAGACACUCCAAGGAGAUCACAGUUCACUCUGGCAGUACUGUGGAACUGAAGUGCAGAGUGGAGGGUUUACCAAUGCCUACAAUUUCCUGGAUACUUGCAAACCAAACAGUGGUCUCGGAAACAUCCAAGGGAAACAGAAAGGCCUGGGUAACACCUGAUGGAACUUUGAUCAUCCACAACUUGAGUCUCUAUGACCGUGGCUUUUACAAGUGUGUGGCCAGCAACCCAGCUGGCCAGGAUUCACUGCUCGUUAAGAUACAAGUCAUCACAGCUCCCCCUGUUAUUCUACAGCAAAAGAGGCAAGCCGUCAUCGGGGUUUUAGGUGAAAGUUUGAAACUGCCCUGUACUGCAAAAGGAGCUCCACAGCCCAGUGUUCACUGGGUCCUCUACGAUGGGACUGAACUAGAACCGCUGCAGUUGACUCAUUCCAAGUUUUUCUUGUACUCAAAUGGAACGCUGUAUAUAAGAAACAUUGCUCCUUCAGACAGGGGCACCUACGAAUGCAUUGCCACCAGCUCCUCAGGCUCACAGAGAAGGGUAGUGAUCCUUACAGUGGAAGAGAGAGAGACAAUUCCUAGGAUAGAAAUUGCCUCUCAGAAAUGGACAGAGGUGAAUUUGGGUGAGAAACUACUAUUAAACUGCUCAGCUACUGGAGAUCCAAAACCUAGAAUAAUCUGGAGGUUACCAUCCAAGGCUGUCAUCGACCAGUGGCACAGGAUGGGCAACCGGAUCCAUGUUUAUCCAAAUGGAUCCUUAGUUGUUGGAUCAGUGACAGAAAAAGAUGGUGGUGACUACUUGUGUGUGGCAAGAAACAAACUGGGGGAUGAUCUGACCCUGAUGCGCGUCCGCCUAAGACUGACACCUGCCAAAAUUGAGCACAAGCAGCAUUUUAAGAAACAAGUGCUCCAUGGGAAAGACUUCCAGGUUGACUGCAAGGCUUCUGGAUCCCCUGUGCCUGAGGUAUCCUGGAGUUUGCCUGAUGGGACAAUGAUCAACAAUGCCAUACAAGCCGAUGAUAGUGGUCACAGGACCAAGAGGUACACUCUUUUCCACAAUGGAACCUUGUAUUUCAACAAAGUUGGAAUUGCGGAGGAAGGAGAUUAUGUUUGCUAUGCCCAGAACACCUUAGGGAAAGAUGAAAUGAAAGUCCACCUAACAGUUAUAACAGCCACCCCAAGGAUAAGGCAAGACUACAAGACAAACAUGAGGAUCAAGGUUGGAGACACAGCUGUCCUUGACUGUGAGGUCAUUGGGGAACCCAAGCCAAGUAUAUUUUGGUUGCUGCCUUCCAAUGAUGUCAUUUCAUUCUCAAACGACAGGUACAUAUUUCAUGCCAAUGGAACUCUGUCCAUUAAUAAAGUGAAACUGCUUGACUCCGGGAAGUAUGUGUGUGUAGCUCGGAAUCCUAGUGGGGAUGACACUAAAAUGUACAAACUGGAUAUUGUCUCUAAACCUCCACUAAUCAAUGGUCUGUACACAAACAAAACUGUUCUUAAAGCUACAGCUGUUCAGCACUCCAAAAAACACUUUGACUGCAGAGCAGAUGGGAUCCCACCUCCCCAGAUUGUGUGGAUUAUGCCGGGCAACAUUUUCCUCACUGCUCCCUACUAUGGAAGCCGAAUCACAGUCCAUAAGAAUGGCACCUUGGAAAUUAGGAACAUCAGGCUUUCUGACUCGGCUGAUUUCAUCUGUGUGGCUCGGAAUGAAGGAGGAGAGAGUGUGUUGGUGGUGCAGUUAGAAGUACUGGAAAUGCUGAGAAGACCAACAUUCAGAAAUCCAUUCAACGAAAAAGUAAUUGCUCAGGUUGGCAAGUCCACAGCACUGAACUGCUCUGUGGAUGGGAACCCACCACCUGAAAUAAUCUGGAUUUUACCUGAUGGCACCCAGUUUUCUAAUAGACUGCAACAUUCCCCAGAUCUGAUAGCAAGCAAUGGUUCUCUCAUCAUUUUUAAAACAACUCGGAACAAGACAGGAAAGUAUCGCUGUGCGGCUAGAAAUAUAGUUGGCUAUAUCGAGAAACUAAUCAUCUUGGAAAUCGGGCAGAAGCCUGUGAUUCUGACACAUGCACUAGGGUUGGUAAAAAGUGCCAGUGGGGAAUCUCUAUCACUGCAUUGCGUGUCUGAUGGAAUCCCUAAGCCAAGUGUCAAAUGGACUACACCAAGUGGUCAUGUAAUAGACAGUCCCCACGCUAAUGGCAAAUACACACUGCAUGAAAAUGGCACAUUGGUCAUCAGAGAAACAACAGUUUAUGACAGGGGAAAUUAUAUCUGUAAGGCUCAGAACAGUGUUGGCCAGGCAGCAGUUAGUGUCCCGGUGAUGAUUGUGGCCUACCCUCCCAGAAUUAUAAACUACCCACCCAGGAGCAUGCUCAGGAGGACAGGAGAAGCAUUGCAGCUCCACUGUGUGGCCCUGGGAGUCCCCAAGCCAGAGAUUACCUGGGAGAGGCCAGGACACUUACUGCUCUCAAAGGCAAGAGAAAGGAAAACCCUCAGAGGUGAGCUGCUUUACCCACAAGGCACCCUGGUCAUUCAGGAUCUCCAAACCUCAGAUUCAGGAGUCUAUAAAUGCAAAGCACAGAACCUACUCGGCAUUGAUUACGCAACAACUUAUGUUCAAAUAAUCUGA